AUGCCUCCCUUUCGAAAUCUUCUCGGUCGCAAGUCCCAGCCCAAUGGCCUCGACACUGAUGCCUUCAACGAGGCCCAUUUAUCCCCGAAUGACCGCCCGCGGCCCGCUCCCAUUACGAUGCGCCGGAGUUGUGACGACCAACAGCCUCCCGAGUACAAAUUGAGUAUCGUGAACGAUAGCGGCGUUUAUCUUCCGCCCUCGCCCCCUGAAAAACAAAGCUUCUGGCACCGAUACCCCGGCUCAGCCCGAUCAGCAAACCAUCGUGACCUGGUCGAUGAGAAUGAGCCCUUCUCUAUAUCCCGCGAAUCAUUCGAUUCCUACCGCCGGUCCUUUGACAUCUCUGCGCGCUCCCCAGUCAUAUACGCCGAAGCCGCGCCCUCCCGGACAUCCCUCGACUCCCGCUUCUGCCGCCUGAACUCCCCCUCUAUGCGAUCCACCAGUUUUGACCGGCCCGAACGCAUGGAAGAAGAAGCUUUUGAGGAUGUCGGUCUCAAUGACGAAGCCAAACCGAAGAAAAAGAGUAUUUUUGCCCGGUUCGGCGAUUCAUACAAUGAAACGCAACAAUCCACCAACAAGUCGUCUACAUCCUUCGGGUUCCACAUGCCCGGUAGGAAGCGUGGGCAGAGUGGGGUUGGAUCGGAGUUGGGCGCCGUCAAGACGCCGACGACUACAGUAGCGCCCGCUCUCGAGAAUGGUGAAUAA